AACCAAUGAAUAUUUGGUCUCCUAGACCUGACCCUGAGGCCGGGGAAGACGCCAUUCUUCCUGUACAGCCCACUCUUGCCAUGGAGGUUGGUCAAAUUCAUCCUGUUCCAUUUCUGGUUGGUCUAGCUGAGAGCGAGGGUAUAUGGAGAGCUGCUAACUAUCUUACUCAGGACGAUGUUAUGAUGGAUUUCUUGAAAAAUUUUGAAACUGUUGCACCACUAGCCCUCGGUCUGAAGGGACAGGUUGCAGAAGACGACAUGUCCGAGGUUUUACAGAAAAUAAAGAAAUUUUACCUUCAUGCGCUCACAGACGAGAAAGACAUGCAGAAAAGGCUUGACAGUACUGUGAAUGGCAUGAUUCAGAUGUUAGGAGAUUCUAUGUUUAAUUAUCCUGUUGAUAGAAUGGUUAAACUACAUGGGAAUAAGGAUUAUGCUCCGGUAUGGAUGUAUGAGUUCAAUUACAAACACAAUCAUAGUCUUGCUAACUUUGAUUCAGCAAAUCCAGGUCUUCCCUUUCAGCACCGGAUGAAAUGGUGGAAUGCACUCCCGGUUUACUGGAAAAAAUCUCUCACUUCCGGUAAGGCUAAAUCUGUUUCCGGAAAUGAGGAAGCUGAUGCGGAAGAGGUCAGGAGAUAUGCUGAAGUUGCGGAAGAGCUUUCUCCGGAGGAAAUUGAAGAAAUGAAUGUGAUAAAUAUUGUUGAAGAACUUCAUAAAGAUGAACUUUAAGAUAAAUAUUGUUGAAGAACUUCAUAAAGAUGAACUUUAAGUUUUGGGUUUGUGUAUUUUAUAAAUAAAAUUAAAAAAAUUUAUUUGUUA